AUGAUAAAAGAUUCAACAGAACCAAUGAAUUAUGAUGGAGCAUAUAGUACUGUUAUGGUACAUGUUGCGAUAUUUGCAGCACAUUCAUUAGAUAUAUUUGCAACAUCAAAUUCAUGUAAAAUAGCUGAUUAUUCAGAUUUAUGUGUUUUAAAUCGCUUAAAUCAAUAUGAAUGUUUGAGUGCGUUUAACACAAAAAUUCAGAACGACAGUCGAGCAGGUAGUGAAAAUAUCAAUCUUGUUGAACAUGAAAGUGCUUUACAAUGUCAUUGUGUACGUGGUGAAUGUGUUUAUCAUGUUGAUGAAGAUUCCGGUCAUCGAUAA